AUGUCUAGAGCACUAGAUACACUAAGAUCUGACUGUACUAAUCAUACCAAAAAGAUACAAAACCUCGAGCCCAGAGUUGCUCACUUAGAGCAGUUGCAGAAACGAAGAUCUGUUAGAAUACUAGGCUUUACAGAAUCUGAAAAUGAAAACCAUGUGGAUACUCUUAUUGAUUUGCUUGAUCAGUAUUUAAACGUUAGCUGUGAAAGUAGGGAUGUUGAUGCUGUAUUCAGAGUUAAGGGCACGGAACGAAACUCAGGACCUCGUGUGUUGUUAGUAAUAUUUACUACGUUAUUGCUAAGACAAUCUGUGAUGUCCGCUAACAAGGCUAAGUGCAAGGGCAGUAAUAUUCUUGUCUACGUGGAGUUAUCCAAGGAGGUUUAUCAGUUGCUACGCUUGACGAAGAAGAAGUAUGGCCCAAGGAAUGUUUGGCCGUCAUCUGGCAAAGUGUUUGUUAAGUGUGGUCACACCAAAAAGUGUAUUUCCAGCCGUGAUGAUAUUGUGUAA